UGGCAGUCGCUGCUUUCUUGGUUUCUUCCACUUCAUUUUGUGCAAAAACUCAGACAUGCAUUGAUGAAUCUCAAGAUCUUCAAGAACCCACCUCUGUUUCCCACCCAUAUCUGUAUAAGUUUAUAGAGAGAGAGUGUGAGAAGAGAGAGAAAACGAUGCUGCAGUUACACAGUUUGCGCCCAUGGAUUUCAACGACAAGUUCAGAAUCGAAUUUCAGCUCAUAUAAAAGAAACUCAAGGAUUUAUUCACGUGUGUGGAUCCCCAGUUCGACUGGUCAUGUAGAUAUUAUGUUAAUAAACAAUAGAGAGAAAUGGAAAACAAGCUCCGGAAUGAAGGGGUUGAAUCUCAGGCCUUCGGUGAGAUGCUUUUGCAACAAAGUACAUUCUAGUCCCCCGGGGACGGAUUCAAGAAGUAGUUCUGAGGUUUUUGGAGCUAAACUUCUGAUGGCAUCCCUCUCAUCUUAUUUCUUGAUUAGAUUAAUACAUCUAAACUACAAGAAAAAAGUUAUCGAAGUUGUUCAAGAAUCACUCUGUUAUGCUGUUCAAACAUUUGGAGUUUCAAACUCACUUUUUGCGUGCAUGUCCAAUUCCUUGAGUAAACCAACACCGCUUCAAUUGGAUGUGUCUAUGCCUUCAUUUCAAGAUAUCAGAUGGAAUAUCGCUCGUUUAAUUUAUUUAUUCAACAUACAGCUUGAGAGAAACGUUGCCACGUUUUUUGUUGUGCUCCUCGCGGCGUGCUUCUCAUUUGUCGUUAUCGGUGGUUUUCUCUUCUUUAAGUUCAGGGCUAGCAAGGGUGGCACUCAGACUCUCGAGGAUUGCUAUUGGGAGGCUUGGGCUUGCUUAUGUUCAUCAUCCACACACCUGAAACAAAGAACUCGGAUCGAACGCGUUAUAGGCUUUGUGCUUGCUAUAUGGGGCAUACUAUUCUAUUCCCGUCUGUUGAGCACGAUGACUGAGCAAUUUAGGCAUAAUAUGCACAGACUCAGAGAAGGGGCACAGAUGCAAGUUCUAGAGACGGAUCAUAUAAUCAUUUGUGGAUCGAAUAGUCGUUUGAGCUUUGUUUUAAAGCAGCUGAAUAAGUACCACGAGUUUGCUGUUCGUUUGGGAACUGCCACUACUAGGAGACAGAGAAUUCUUUUAAUGGCCGAUCUUCCUAGGAAGCAGAUGGACAAACUGGCUGAAAACAUGGCCAAAGAUCUCAGACAUAUUGAUGUUAUAACAAAAAGUUGUAGUCUUAGUUUAACCAAAUCAUUUGAAAGAGCUGCAGCCAAUAAAGCACGUGCCAUUAUUAUACUGCCAACAAAGGAAGAUCGAUAUGAAGUUGACUCGGAUGCAUUUCUGUCGGUUCUUGCACUUCAACCCCUUCCCUCAAUGAACUCUGUGCCUACAAUUGUGGAGGUUUCAAGUUCAAAUACCCGUGAGCUUUUGAAAUCAAUCUCAGGACUGAAGGUGGAACCCGUGGAAAAUGUCACAUCCAAAUUAUUUGUUCAGUGCUCUCGCCAGAAAGGAUUAAUAAAGAUAUACAAACACUUGCUGGAUUAUCGAAAAAAUGUAUUCAACCUCUGUAAUUUUCCUCAUUUAGUAGGACUAACAUACAGACAGUUGAGACUUGGAUUUCAAGAGGCUGUUGUUUGUGGUCUUUAUAGGGACGAGAAGAUAUAUUUUCAUCCAAGGGAUGAAGAAAUCUUGCAAGAAACUGACAAGGUCUUAUUUAUCGCGCCCGUGCAUGGGAAGAAAAAACCACAGCUCUCAUACCCAUAUGAAGUUAUCGAUAAUGAUAACUCAAUCAAUAAUCUGGAAACCAUCAAGCAAAAUAGUGAAUUCCUCAAUCGGACCCUUGAUUUUGCAAGAGGGAGGCUGGAAAAUGUAGUAAGAAGGCCAAAAAGAUCAGGUUCAAAGGCAUCAGAUUCAUCCAUUGGUCCAAAGGAGUGUCUAUUGGUGCUCGGAUGGCGCCCAUCUGUUGUUGAGAUGAUUGAAGAAUACGACAACUACCUUGGACCCGGCAGUGUGGUGGAGAUUUUGUCAGACGUUCCUUUGGAGGAACGAUAUAGAUCAUUCAAGCUUUUCAGUCAAGGAAAGCUAAAAAAUAUUCAAGUUUCCCACAGAGUCGGAAAUCCAAUGGAAUACAGCACUCUAGAGGACUCCAUUAACAACAUGCGAAACAGCAUCAGAAAAGAUGAAGAUAUUCCUUUUUCAGUCGUCGUGGUAUCUGAUAAAGAGUGGCAAGGUGGAGAUCUAUCAAGGUGUGACAAAAAUUCUGCAUAUGCGCUUCUUCUUGCUGAAAGUAUAUGUGCCAAGCUUGGAGUAAAGGCGCAAAAUCUCGUAGCUGAGAUUAUCGAUUCAAAAUUGGGAAAACAACUAACAAGGAUCAGACCGGCUCUCACGUAUAUUGCAGCAGAGGAAGUAAUGAGCCUUGUUACAGCUCAAGUGUCUGAAAACACAGAGCUCAACGAGGUUUGGAAAGACAUUCUUAACGCUGAGGGAGACGAAAUAUAUGUGAAGGAUAUUGGCCUUUAUAUGAAACAAGGCGAGAAUCCAUGCUUCCACGAGCUAUCAGAAAGGGCGCGUCUACGCAGAGAAGUAGCCAUCGGUUAUGUUAAAAGCAAUAAGAAGGUUAUAAACCCGAUUCCCAAAUCCGAGCCUCUAAAUCUGGAGGCCGACGACUCAUUGAUUGUGAUAUCUGAGCUUGAGGGAGAACAACCAGUUUGGGAACUGUAAUUAGUAACCUUUUGCUUAUUUCUUGAUCACACAUUCAUAUUCUUUUUCUUGUUAUUUUUCUUUUAUCUGUCCACUGGUGAUCAGAACUUGAGUGUAGAUCAAGAAGUACAAGUCAAAGAAUAUAUACAACUAUACAUGUAUCAGUUUUGUUUGAAAUGUUUUACAUCUUUUGAAAUGUUUUUUGAA